GGGAGUUAGAACUCUAUAAAACUGUUUCACAGAUCCCAUAAAGUCCUCUGAACUCAAGGAGGCAUUUUUAAAAAGUUUAGAAAUCAACGCGUACUAGUUUGGGAACAAAUUUGAAGGAAACGCAAAUAAUCAUAGAUAAAACAUGUUGAAAAGUUGGAAAACAUUAGUGUUCGUGACUGUAACUUGCUUUGAAGCUGUUCUAAUUCCUCAAAAAACAUUUGCGCACAGUUUGCCAGAUUCAUCAUCUGCCAAUAGCAGUGAGGAUUUCUCAGAAUCGCAGGAGCGUAACCUCAUUGACAAGGAUCCUGGCUACUUUCUUCACAAAAACAGUUUCUCUUCAGACAACAGCAUCAUUGGUAUUGCUCGCCCUCGAAUGGAAGAUUUAGAAGAGAACACGAUGGCCAUCGAACUUCAGAAACGGGUCUCCAGACUUGUGGAUGAGUCCCAGAGAAGACGACGGCAGGACCUCCUUAAUGAAUUGCCCAGAAUGUUCUUCCUUCCUAACCGGAACGGUCUGCCGAAAUACUUCAGAGUCCAACCAUUUGCGUGGAAGCCGAGGAAUGGUAACAUGAAAUCGUUUCUAGCAGACAAGAGACCAGUUGAUAAAAAGUAUUAUGCCGAACCAGAAGGGUCGGAAUUUCUUGGUGGGCCCGGCAGACGAUAAAGUACUAUUAUAGGGAGAGAAAUAAGCGUAAAACCUUAAUGAUUUUUCUCUUUCAUCUGUGUUAAUUCCAUGGUUUUCAGUAUUCUUAAGUGUAAGACGUGAUGCAAUGAAGUGACAGCUGUGUUCAUGAAUAGAAAU